ACGCCUCUUCCGUGAUGCUAGCGCUCAUAUGACUUCAGCACAGCAAUGAAAGUAGUCUGUAGAACAAGUUUUCUUCUUCUUAGUAUAACGAUAUGUUGUUCAUUGACAGAAAAGCUGUCAAAUGGUUCAUCACCAAACAUUAUCAUCAUGCUCAUGGAUGACAUGGGUUGGGGGGAUUUGGGGGUGCUCGGUCAGCCUUCUAAAGAGACCCCCAACCUGGAUGCCAUGGCAACCCAGGGGAUGCUCCUAACAAACUUCUACACCGCCAACCCACUGUGUUCCCCAUCAAGAGCUGCACUUCUCACGGGGAGGCUCCCUGUCAGGAAUGGAUUCUACACCACUAAUGCUCACGCUAGGAAUGCUUACACACCACAGGAGAUAGUGGGAGGAAUAUCCAAGGAUGAGAUUUUGUUGCCUGAAAUGCUGAAGAAAAAAGGUUAUGUCAGCAAGAUAGUUGGCAAGUGGCACCUGGGCCACAGACCGCGGUACCUUCCUCUACAGCACGGUUUCGAUGAAUGGUUUGGCUCCCCAAACUGCCACUUCGGCCCCUACAACAGCAGCUUCCGACCAAACAUCCCCGUCUAUAACAACUCUGAGAUGAUUGGAAGAUAUUAUGAAGAGUUUAAGAUCGACCUACGAAGCGGAGAGUCCAACCUUACUCAGAUGUAUCUGAUGGAGGGUAUGGACUUCAUACGGCGGCAGACUCAAGCCAAGCAGCCCUUCUUCCUCUACUGGGCCCCUGAUGCCACCCACGCCCCGGUUUACGCCUCCAAAAGCUUCCUAGGAAAGAGCCAGCGAGGCCGUUAUGGAGAUGCGGUCAUGGAGCUGGACUACAGCGUGGGUCAGAUCCUGUCCCUGCUUCAUGGUCUGGGCAUUGAAAAAAACACCUUUGUCUUCUUUACAUCAGACAACGGGGCGGCUCUUAUCUCGAGCCCUCAUGAAGGUGGCAGCAACGGGCCGUUCCUCUGUGGGAAGGAAACCACGUAUGAGGGGGGCAUGAGGGAGCCCGCCAUCGCCUGGUGGCCCGGACACAUCAAGGAAGGCACAGUGAGUCUCCAGCCUGCUAACAUCAUGGAUCUGUUCACCACCAGUCUGGCCCUGGCUGGCAUCAGCCCUCCAGAUGACCGAAUGCUGGACGGACUAGACCUGACACCAGUUUUAUUAAAUGUCUCCCACAAACUCGACAGACCCAUUUUCUUUUACCGUGGGAACGAGAUGAUGGCUGUGAGGCUCGGACAAUACAAAGCGCACUACUGGACCUGGAGCAACUCGUGGGAGGAGUUCCACAAGGGUGUGAAUUUUUGUCCUGGUCAAGAGGUUCCCGGUGUGACAACUCAUGAGCAGAAAGAACACACACUUCAACCAAUCAUCUUCCAUCUUGGCCGGGAUCCUGGGGAGAAGUACCCACUCAGUGUUUUAUCCAAGGAGUACCAAGAUGUUCUGCAAAGCGUCUCAGCAGUUGUGCAGCAGCAUCAGAAGACUCUGGUGCCUGGCAUGCCCCAGCUCAACAUGUGUGACCUGGCAGUGAUGAACUGGGCCCCUCCUGGCUGUGAGAAGUUGAGAAAGUGUCUGGAACCACCUAAGUCUUCACCCUGGAAGUGUGACUGGCCGCAUUGAGAUAAACACCCUGCAGAAGACACUGAGCUGGAGAAACAAAACCUAGAGAUGUACCUUUCAGCGUUUAAUGAACUACUUAUUUUUACAGAAGUAUGUUUUUUAAAACUUUGCAAACUCAUUCUUAUUCAAAAUUGUGGAAAAAGGUACAGGAUGAAACUAAGGGAUUAACUGAUCUGAAAGGGAUGAUCUAUUUAUGCUGAUUGAGUUUAAACAGAUAUUGUGAUUCAGUCUUCACACGUUGCACUAAACAAUAAAGUUUUGAUGACAGUUUCUUAAUGAUGCAUGAUGAAUGUUCCUGAGAGCUGUGAAGUAAGAGACAUAAAUGGCCUAAAUCAAAGCUGUUUUUUUCAUUUUCUCCUCAAUGAUUUAGUCUGGUCCUCUCUUGCUUUGACUGACGUUUCCAUAGUAAAUAAGUAAGAGAAGUUUAUUUUGAUAGUGCCUUUCACAGAGAAGAGGAUGUCACACACAGGAAGGAAAUAAGAUAAAAUACAAGACAGUAAAAAAAAAAAAAAAAUCUAAAACAGUACCAUUAAGAAUCAAGCUC